AUGCGCAUCCACGACAGCGGCACUGACCGCAAUUCCGAUACAGCCACGACAUCCAACACGCCCAGACCCAUCCUCGCCCCACCGUCACACGCGCCGACCACCACCACCGCCACCACCAACACCACUGCUUCCUCUACAGCUGACACCGACACCGCCGACCUCUCAUGCCCACAUUGUCCACGCACCUUCGCCUCACGCAUCGGCCUGGUCGGUCACUUGCGAAUCCAUCGCACAGAGACUGGCGAACCAGUGCCUGGAGCACCAACCUACACGCACCGCACUCGCCUCCACUGCCAACACUGCCCUCGCACCUUCACGCAUCGCAUGGGUCUAUUCGGCCACAUGCGCAUCCACGACGAUCUGCGGUAG